AUGGCAUCAGGUUCAUCAUCAUCAUCAUCAGCUGGGACAAGAAAGGGGAAGAUCAGAUGGAGCAAAUUGUAUUCGUUUUCGUGCUUUCGACCGAGCAUCAAUGGGGAUGUUGUCGGUCAGCCAGGGUUUUCGAGGGUGGUAUUCUGCAAUGAGCCUCAUCUUCACAAGGACAAGCCAUUCAAGUAUCCAAAAAACCAUGUAUCAACCACCAAAUACAACGUGUUGAGUUUUCUUCCCAAAGCACUUUUCGAGCAGUUCAGGAGAGUUGCCAAUCUUUAUUUUCUCUUGGCCGCUGUUUUGUCCAUUACAUCUUUGACUCCUUUUAAUCCUAUAAGUUUGAUUGCUCCUUUAGUCUUUGUUGUUGGGGUUAGCAUGCUUAAAGAGGCUGUGGAAGAUUGGCACAGAUUUUUGCAGGAUUUGAAUGUGAAUUCAAGAACAGUGCACGCACAUGUUGGAGACGGCAUAUUUGUGAAAAAGCCAUGGAAAGAUCUCUGUUCAGGUGACAUUGUGAAAGUAAACAAGAAUGAAUAUUUUCCAUGUGAUCUCCUCCUUUUGUCUUCAAGCUUUGAAGAUGGUGUUUGUUAUGUAGAAACCAUGAACCUUGAUGGAGAAACCAAUCUCAAGAUAAAAAGAUCAUUAGAAGCUACACUUGGCUUAGACAAAGAUGAACAAUUCAAUGAAUUCAGAGCCAUUGUUCGCUGUGAGGAUCCAAAUCCUCACCUCUAUACCUUUGUUGGCAAUUUAGAGUUCAAAAAUGAAUCAUAUCCUUUAUGUCCUACACAACUACUUCUAAGAGAUUCAAAACUUCGCAACACAGAUUACAUUUAUGGAGCAGUGAUCUUCACUGGUCCUGAUACAAAAGCAGUGAGAAAUUCGACCAUGUCUCCAUCCAAGCGAAGCCGGAUUGAAAGAAAGAUGGAUCAUGUUAUCUACUUUCUUUUCUCACUACUGGUUUUGAUUUCAUUGAUAACUGCAACCGGGUUUGCUUUCCUUUGGAAUUCUGAGAUUCAUAAAUGGUGGUACCUUCGUUUGCAAGGCAGUGAUGAUGAUCGAUUCUAUAAGCCAUCUAAGCCUUUUGUAUCUGGUUUCUCGCAGUUCAUAAGAGCACUUAUAUUGUAUGGCUAUUUGAUCCCAAUUUCACUAUAUGUGUCCAUUGAAGUUGUUAAAGUUCUACAAGCCAUGCUAAUCAACAAGGAUAUGGAAUUGUAUGAUGAAGUAACAGGGAAAUCAGUUCGUGCUCGAACAUCAAAUUUGAAUGAAGAACUUGGUCAGGUAGAGAUGAUUUUGUCAGAUAAAACUGGGACUUUGACAUGUAACCAGAUGGAAUUUAGGAAAUGCUCAAUUGCUGGUGUUUCAUAUGGGGGUGAUAUCAAUGAAGUUGAUCUUGCAGUAUCAAAACGGAUGAAUGUCGACUUGGAAGCAUAUCAAUUUAGUAUGCAUCAGAAAUCAGAUUCAACUGAAAGCUUUGAAAGGUUUGAGUUCUCUGUUGCAGAUAUAAAGACUCAAAUGGAAGCUCUUGGGGACCAAAAGAAUGUGCAGAAUUCAAUUACAGAAAACUCAAGAAUUUCGAAUCUCGGGAAAGAAUCUGUCAUAAAAGGUUUCAACUUUAGGGAUAGUAGACUUAUGGACAAGAAGUGGAUAGCAAGCAGAACAAAUUUAUUUGAUGUAAAAAUGUUUUUUAGAGUCAUGGCCUUGUGUCACACAGGCAUACCUAUUGAAGAUAAUGCAAUUAAUAAUAAGUUCAAGUAUGAGGCAGAGUCACCAGAAGAAGUAUCAUUUCUGAUUGCUGCACAAGAAUUCGGGUUCCAAUUCAUGCGGAGAACUCAAUCGACAAUGCUUCUUAAGGAAUUUGAUAAUUCUGAUAAAGAAGUGAAGAGGUAAUUCAUCAGGGAAUAUAAGCUUUUAAAUCUUUUGGAAUUCAGUAGCUCAAGGAAGAGAAUGUCUGUUAUAGUAAGAGAUGAAGAAGGUCAAAUUUUUCUCCUUUGCAAAGGUGCAGAUAGCAUAAUCUUCGAUAGGCUUGCUGAUGAUGGUAGAUCAUACCAAGAGGCAACAACCUCACACCUUUCAAAUUAUGCAGAAGAUGGUUUUCGAACACUAGCAUUUGCAUAUAGGAGACUUGAGUCCACCGAAUACGAACAUUGGAACAAAAUGUUUACGGAGGCAAAGACAACAAUUGGUCCUGAAAGAGAUGAGUUGCUAGAGAAAGCAUCUGAAAUGAUUGAAAAGGACUUGAUUUUGUUAGGUGCUGCUGCUGUUGAAGACAAGUUACAGAAAGGGGUUCCUGAAUGUAUCGAUAAACUUGCCCAAGCAGGGAUCAAAAUAUGGCUACUUACCGGGGACAAGAAGGAAACUGCAAUAAAUAUUGGGUUUGCUUGCAGUUUACUUAGGCAAGACAUGAAUCAAUUUCAUUUGACCUUGGCCAAUGAAACAACAAGCAAUUAUCAAUUGAAGGCAAUGAAAGAAGAUAUUUUAAACCAACUUGAAAAUUUCUACAAAGUGAUGCAUGAAGAAAACAUUAAAGGGUCACCAUUAUCUUUGGUGAUAGAUGGAAAAGCUCUUGAGGUUGCUUUGAAAAGUGAUGUCAAGGACCGGUUUUUACAGUUGGCUGUGAACUGUGCUUCUGUUAUUUGCUGCAGGGUUUCACCAAAACAGAAAGCUUUGAUUACGCAGUUAGUAAAGGAAUAUACUGGCAAGACAACACUGGCUAUUGGGGAUGGAGCAAAUGAUGUUGGCAUGAUUCAAGAAGCUGACAUUGGAGUUGGAAUCAGUGGCAUGGAAGGAAUGCAAGCAGUCAUGGCCAGUGACUUCUCAUUGCCUCAAUUCAGAUUUUUAGGCAGAUUACUUAUAGUUCAUGGACACUGGUGUUACAAGAGAAUUUCCAAAAUGAUUCUAUACUUUGUAUACAAGAAUGUUGCAUUUGGCCUUACUCUGUUCUACUAUGAAUUGUACACAAGUUUCUCUGGAGAGGUCUUGUACGAUGAUUGGUACAUGACAUUGUUUAAUGUCAUUUUGACAUCUUUGCCAGUCAUAUCAUUAGGUGUUCUCGAGCAGGAUGUUUCUUCAGAAGUGUGUCUUGAGUUUCCAUCACUUUACCAACAAGGCCAAAGGAACAUAUAUUUCAAUUGGAGCGGCAUAAUGGGAUGGAUACUAAACGGUGUUGUUUCAUCUCUAGUCAUUUUCCUUGCAAACAUGUACAUACUCUCCCCGGCUGCAUUCGAAGAAGAAGGACAUGUCGCGGACCUAGCACAUCUCGGUGCAACCACAUACACAUGCAUAAUAUGGACGGUUAAUUGCCAGAUUGCUCUAAUCAUAAGUCACUUCACUUGGAUUCAACAUCUUUUCAUAUGGGGUAGCAUAUUACUAUGGUACAUUUUCAUGUUCGUGUAUGGUGCACUACCUCAUGCCUACUCUCAACGUGGGUUUCGAAUUUUAACCGAAUCUCUAGGACUUGCACCGAUGUAUUGGAUGGUCACAUUGCUUGUUGUGGUUGUUUCUCUUCUUCCAUACUUCAUACAUGUUGUCAUUCAGAGGUCAUUCUAUCCCAUGGAUGAUCAUGUGCUCCAGGAAAUGAAGUACUCGAGGAAUGACGUGUUUAACAAUCAAAUGUGGCAGAGAGAACAGAACAAUUCCAAGAAGUUGACACAGAUUGGAUUUUCUGCAAGAGUUGAUGCUAGGAUUCUAUAUCUGCGAGAGCAUUUGCAUCAGAAGAAAACUUUGAUAUAUAGAUCAGUGACAAGUAGUCCAAUUUAUAAAUCAUUGACAAAUAGUCCAUUGUUCUAAUAGGUGUGAUUUAUUGUUAUUUUUUUAAUUCAUUUUGUAUCUUUUCGUUGGUUAAUGAUCUUCUAUAUAAUUUUC